AUGCCCAGGGCUGAAAGCGACAGCGCUGUAUUGCAGUCUAUGUCUCAGCCUCUGAGAGCUGCAAUGUACUUAUCCAAAUGGCGUCCAGAGUUGAAAGUGAGCUCCCUCAUCUUUCCUUCACUCAUUUUUGAAGCAUCAUUCAAAACAACGACUGCAUUUCAGAGCAAGAUGAGCGAAAAAACAGAUACCAUUAAAGAGGGACCCUCUGCAAGAAUAGCCAUCGAACCAAGUGAGAAACAGAAGUCCGACAUCAUCAUCACAUCAUCAGCUUUUAUCCCCGGGGAACGUCCCAUACCCAUCUAUUCGGUUAUUGAAUCUCAAUCAAGCCAGGUAAAGCAUGCUUGGGGCUGGCUUAUAGGAACAAUAAUCUUCUGUUCAUGGACAACUUCCUUUGCAUAUACUGUCUUUAUCAGCGAUAAGCCUCUGCCUCGUGCCUACGAUUGGGGUUGGUCUCCGGCACUAACAACUCAAAUUGUCAACGUUGCUUCUCAUGUUGCCGUUAUUUUCACUGGUGGCUUGGUCGGCGCAGUUUUCGAUGCUCUUUCCUGGUCGCUUGUUUAUGGUCGAAAGAGAACAACAAUGGGGUCAUUCUUGGCUGUUCAGAAUAACACUAGCCUAAUGGAUGUUGGAAGACUAUUCAUGGUACCAGGCUCACAAUGGAUAUGGUGUAUUAUGAGGUAUGGAGAUCUCACUUUCUCUAAUGUAACAACCCAACGAGUCUACUUCGAAGGCCCCUCUUUCCCUGUAACAGCUGGGCUAUCUGACGUCCACACAUCCGUCUUGGCUCUUGAGAAGCUCAAUGUCAUUUCCAAUACUAGCGCUCCUAUCUCUGGCACGAGCGCGGCCACUCUUCAGGAAACAGGCAUAAACAUGAUGAUCACCGGGGCCACAAACAGCAUAUUGACAGACCCUGGUUUUGUUAUCAGUGUUGCUCCUAUAACCUGCAAAUCAUCCGAUUGCAAAUCCCUUUUCCUUCCAGGUGGCAUGCAACUUGUACGUUCUAACGGAACUCCUCUCAAUACCACGUUGUUUCCAGACGAGUCGGUAAUCAUCGUCAACAACGCUCAUGGAUUCCAGUUGGAAUACGAGCCCUCAAACUAUGUGUUCAACUACACGGCAGACUGCACCAUGUAUGGAUAUGACGUCUCGAGUUUCUUUGCUUGCCUUAAGUUUACUGGCGAGAACAUCACUGCUGGCGCUGCGAUAUGCCCGCCAGCUCAGAUGCUUGAUGGUUCUUGUAUAACCGAUCAGAACUAUACCAACACGCUCGAUGCUACCAUUUCACUUGGUCUAUACCAACGAGUCGCAACUGUUUCAUACGACAAAACCAACUUCUCAAUCAUAGACGUAAAAAGUAUUGACAACUAUACAAGCACAACGAGCGAAGAACUGGUGUCAGACUUCCAGAAGAUGUUUACGAUCAUGUACCCUCCACUGUCAAACAUUUUCGACGAACUCCUUGGUAUUGCCGAACACCCCAGUGAGAUCUGGCCCGACCUUGCCUACUGGUCCUCUGUCUUCUGCGUUCAAUCUGAACUUACCGCUGCCAAGUGGCUUGAGAUCCAUGGAUUCCCCACUUGGCAAACGGGCAAACAAGAUCUGCUCGAAGGCUUGAUGGCGAUCCCCAUCCAAUUUGGAACCAUGCUGUGGCAAUUCGUCGACAUCCAAGGUGUUCCCCCUAACCUGGCUACUACCGCAAACUUCUCCACCGUUACAUAUCGUCCCAGGUCGCCAAUCUGGCCCGUCGCGCUCUUCGCCAUAAUGGCCUUCUGCCUUGUUCUAUGGGCCAUAGCUUGUUUAAUCUACAUUCAAUUCGCCGGUGAUGUUAAGGAGGAGGAGAAUCCUCACGUGAAAAACGCUUUCAAGACUGGCAAUCCGUACGAUGUCGAUGAUAAAGGGUUCUUUAAGAUCUUGUGGAUUUUUAUCAAGCUGCCGUUUGGUGGGAAAGCCAGGGAGAAGUCGAGAGCUCUUAAUCCGGUUGUUGCGAGGAAGGUUAAGAAGAAUGCGGAGGACGGUGAGAAGGAGGAAACUUUUUUGAUCGUUAGGGAUGAUAUUUAAGGAUAAGGAAUCGUGAGUCAAUCACCCCUAUCUUGAAGAGG